AUGUCUUCCAUCUUAUCUACAAUCGCAUUUGUAAAGUCUGCGAGUGUAUCUAAUGUUUUGAAUGGUGUGGCAACUUCAAGACUUGACAAUGAUGAUUUUUUGGACUUUACAUUCAGGGCCUUUAAUUCCAACAAAGACAUCAUGAUCCAGGAUAUACAGAAGGAUUCUUUUAUGAU